UAUAUAGGCCAGGCCAUCUCUCAUCUAUCUAUUUAUCUCUCUCUCUCUAUAUCUAUAAGAAUUGAAUUAUAUUGGAAGUUACGUUGUUCAUCACUGUACUGUAGGUACUUCAUCACACCCCUCAGGCCUAUAUCAUGGCUUCAGAGAAGGUGGAAACCGUUAUAGCUGGGAACUACGUAGAGAUGGAACACGAAGAAGCCUCCAGCGCUGAUAAUAAUAGGUCUGUUAAGACCAAAUUCUCCAAGCUUUUCUGGCAUGGCGGCUCUGUCUAUGAUGCAUGGUUUAGUUGUGCUUCUAAUCAGGUUGCGCAAGUUCUGCUCACAUUGCCCUACUCAUUUUCGCAACUGGGAAUGGUGUCUGGAAUUAUGUUCCAGCUCUUCUAUGGCCUCAUGGGGAGCUGGACUGCUUAUCUCAUAAGUGUGCUUUAUGUGGAGUACAGAACCAGAAAGGAAAGAGAAAAAGUUGACUUUAGAAACCAUGUCAUUCAGUGGUUUGAAGUUCUUGAUGGGCUACUGGGAAAGCACUGGAGAAAUAUAGGCCUCUUCUUCAACUGCACUUUUCUUCUUUUCGGAUCUGUCAUUCAGCUCAUUGCAUGUGCAAGUAAUAUCUACUACAUAAAUGACAAUCUUGACAAGAGAACUUGGACAUACAUAUUUGGAGCUUGUUGUGCCACUACCGUUUUCAUCCCAUCAUUUCACAACUACAGAAUCUGGUCAUUCUUAGGCCUUCUCAUGACCAGCUACACUGCAUGGUACCUAACCAUUGCUUCUCUUGUCCACGGACAGAUUGAGGGAGUGAAGCACUCAGGGCCAGCCAAAAUAGUUCUCUACUUCACUGGGGCUACAAACAUUCUUUACACCUUUGGUGGGCAUGCAGUGACAGUGGAGAUAAUGCAUGCUAUGUGGAAGCCACAGAAGUUCAAGCUUAUAUACCUGGUGGCAACAUUAUAUGUGUUGACCCUAACCCUGCCAUCAGCAAGUGCUGUGUAUUGGGCAUUUGGUGAUAUGCUUCUUGACCAUUCCAAUGCCCUUUCUAUGCUUCCUAGAACUGGGUUUAGAGACACUGCUGUCGUCCUCAUGCUUAUUCAUCAGUUCAUUACGUUUGGAUUUGCUUGCACCCCUUUGUAUUUUGUGUGGGAGAAGUUCAUCGGAGUACACAACACAAACAGUCUGUUCAAGCGUGCAUUGGCCAGGCUCCCAGUGGUGAUACCAAUUUGGUUUCUGGCCAUUAUUUUCCCAUUUUUUGGUCCCAUCAACUCCACUGUUGGAUCCCUUCUUGUUAGCUUCACUGUCUACAUUAUCCCUGCUAUGGCUCACAUGAUCACCUUCGCUUCUCCCGCCGCUAGAGAGAACGCUGUGGAGCAACCACCAUCAUUCAUGGGAGGCUGGGCAGGGUUUUAUUGUAUGAACAUAUUUGUGGUGGCAUGGGUUUUUAUAGUUGGCUUCGGAUUUGGAGGGUGGGCAAGCAUGGUUAACUUUGUCCGCCAAAUUGAUACUUUUGGCCUCUUUGCCAAGUGUUACCAAUGUCCUAAGCACAAGGCUUGAGCUAUACAUAUAUAUAUAUAGCUACAUUAUUGUUUGUAUUUCCAUCUUAAAUUGACUAUAUUAUGCAACCAACCCAAGUCGAACUUGAAAGACGUACUAAGAUACAUAUUAGAGUGUGUAAAGUGCUUGUUAUUAUUAUUAUUUUUUUUUUGAAAACAAGUGCUUGUUAUUUAAUUUGUAACACUUUUAGUGUUUUUGCCCCUCUUUCUUGUAAUAGUAACUAUUUGUGUGUUCCCAUUGUCUCAUCUAAAAAUGUAACUCCAUUUGUUUUUGUGGAGUUUUUUUUUAAUGAUAUUCGUCGGUCUUGCAUAUAA